AUGUCAAUUUCUUUAGCAAUAGAAACAAAUGUAAAAGAUGCAUUUUUGCAUUCGAAAUCGGCUGGUGAUGCUCAUGUUUGGCUUCAUUUUUCCGAUGAAACAUCACAACAGACAAACAAUAUCAACUGUGAUCCUAAAUUGGCAUGCGUUGACUUUGGCAUUGUACUCAGCGGUAUUCGUCAACGUCUCACUCAACGAAUUAUUCUGCACAAUGAGACCGAUAAAAAUGUUAAUAUUCAAAUCGAACAACACAGAAAUACAUCAACGUAUAUGAAAUUCGAUUUCAAUAUGGUGCCAGAUAAGAUGAUUGUACCGAUGCAAGAUGCGGGCGAAAUCGAUGUUCUUUUCAAAUUACCAGAGAAGUUUAUAGGUCCAAUCACUGAAAUGUUGGAUUUGAAAAUUAAUGAUAAAAUAAUACCGAACGCAAUUCAAUUACAUGUUCACAUGAUCAAAGCUGAUGUUGAAAUAGGAUCAGGUGCAGUGAAAUUAGACAAAGAUAAUAAAGAAUUUUGGACCAUUGAUUUUGGACGAGUACCUUGUUGUAGUAAACCUAUACCCAAAUCGAUUGAAUUGAAAAAUUUAUUAGAUUGUACUUUAAAUAUCAAGGCUCAAAUACAAAUAGAUGAAAAUACCUAUCAUUCAAAAUUGGAUAUUAUCAAAGGUGAAUUGAUUUUGGAUGGGAAAGCGAUAACAGCUCUCUAUUUGAAACUUCAACCAUCGCAAAAUAACAGCAAUGAAGAAGAGUUUGAAGCGACUAUUUGUUUGGCUAUCAAUCCAUCGAAAACUAUUAAAUGGCUGAAAGUUAAAGCAUGCAUUCGUCGUCCUCGACUCUGCAUUGCCUAUCGAAAUCGCCCAUUGAUCGAAAAUUUAUCGUCAGCAAUGACAUUAACUAUAUCAGAUUUCUACAUAGGUGAACAUCGAUCUAUUCCAUUUGAAUUCAAAAAUAUUGGGGCGACAGAUUUUGAAUUUUUCCUCAAAUCGCAAGAUCUGACAUGGAAAUGUGAAAAUAAAAAUUUAAAAAUGAAUGAAUCGACUGCAGUUACUAUUGAAUUUCACUUAUCAUCGCAAGUUCAACGAAAGUUUCCUAUCCUUAUUCUAUUUCUUAACAUUAAAUAUUAUUAUACAUUAGAAAUCAUUUGUGAAACAUCAAUACCUCGACUAGAUUUACCUGCUAAGAUAACAAAGAUUAUUGAAAUCAGUCAAGCGGCUCAUCUACAAGCAUUGUGUUAUGAGGAAGAUAAAUCUUUGAAAUCAAUCAUAUUCGAAGAAACAUUUCGAAAUCGAAGUAAAGGAGUGGCUACAUUGUCAUUUUCUCGAUUUAUAUCGAAAAAUAAACAAGAUAUCAAAUUUAGUAUGGAACCAGAUUGUCUAAAGAUUGUACUGGAUACUGAUGUCAAAAUAAAUUUCGUUUAUCAACCGAUAGAUUUGUGUGAUGUGAAAGGUGAGAUUCAACUCCAAUCAAACUGUUGGCCUCAACCAAAAAUGAUCGAAUUUUCUCUUGAAGUGAGGAGCCCAAUGUUUCAGUCACGUCCUCAAACUAUGAUUGAAUGGGGAAAGAUUGAAAAAGGUCGAAUCACACGACCAUUAUUGAAGAUAAAAAAUAAAGGUGCAAAAGUAUUACGAUUUCAUGUUGACUCAGUUAAAUUACAACAACCAUUUAUGAAAGUGGCAUCCAUCAAUAGACCAAGUGGUUCAAUCAAUCAUCCAAUUGAAAUUAAUCCACAGGUAGAAGCUUUAUUCGAUAUCCACAUCGAAUGUGAAUCAUUGGAAUCUGCUAUUCAAACAUCAUCACCUAUUGAACUGGCUGAAUUGAAUUUGAUAAGUUUACGUGAUCCAGUCAUGUCUAUCGAUGGAAAAUUGAAAAAGCGUUCGAUAAAAAUACUUACUGUCGGUCAUCUAAGUGAUGUUGAUUUACCAAGACAAUUCAAUGAGAGUGCAUUCCAGAAAUGGAAAGAUCUUCGGCUCAUAUCAUCAUCAUGGAUUAGAGAUAUGGCCAUGGGCAUAACUACGUUCGAAUCCCAUUCAUUGCUUCUUACAAUGGUUAGUGCUGCCUAUGUUGCUCACUCCAAUCGAAUCAGCACAUUGCCGCACAAUAUUGAAGAUUACAAGUCACUUUUGAAUCCAAUACACCACGAGAGCACUAUUCUGAUUAAUCCAUUGACUCUCGAUGAUAUCUCUAACGACCCAUCAUCUGCGAUAAGGGGCCAUCCAUAA